AUGGUCGACCCCGUAGUUGAUGCGGGUGUAGCUGACACUUUGGAGGCACGUUUGGCUGACGCGAGGAGACGCCACGCGAAUGGCGAGUACGGGACGAUCCCCUUAGUGAUCGCCGAGUUGGGCAUCCGGUCGCAGUGGGCGACGGAACACCCUUCCCGUCCUGCUUCUCCUCGACCGGUGCGCAACGAAGGUGGCGUCGACGACGAGGUCGACGGUGGUGCACGAGUCAGCGGCAGCGAAGGCACGAGGCAUAGAGGAGUGAUCAAGGUCGACGGUGGUGUUGACGGAAUCCAGGCGCGAGUGCAGCGGUCGACGGCGGCUGCAGGCAGCUCGCACGCCGACGUCGAUGUUCGACGUCGCUCUCCUCUACGAAGUGGUGGUGGACUCUCGGCGACGACGCAUGUGACGGCGGGCGGGAUUGCACCGGCGUAUGGCUAUUUCAAGUUUUCGCCGGAUCGAAUCACCGUCGCUCCGCUGCAAGGUCGACGGGACCUCAUCACCUGGAGGGAGUCGAUCGAACCUCAGCUGGAGGUCGCCGGGCUGAAGGGCUUCGCCGACGGCACCGUGCCAAUUCCGCCCGAGGAGGAUGUCGGGCUGUGCGGGGAGUUUCGUUCUGCUCACCUUCAUGAUCAUCUCGAGGUCAGGGACGACCUGUACAUCGGGCAGCUGGAGGAGAAGAUGACCCACAUUCGGAUGGGCGAGCAGGAGUCGGCGACGGAUUACUGCAACCGUGCUCGACGGAUCCUGGCUGAAAUGCGAAUGGCAGGCGCCGAAUACUCAACGGCGUCCUACAUCACCCACAUCGUCAAGGGCUUGCCGCGCAGCUACAAUCUCAUGAAGAGGAUGAUGAUGGUGCCCGGCACGCGUGAGUCCCUCGACGAAGACUCCAUCACCAGCUACAUUCUCCAGGAUGAGGCGAUGCAGGAGGCAGAGCAGCCCACGGAGUUCCUUCCGCAGGCGAGUUACGCUGCACCGACGAAGCCGAAUACACAGCGGGAGCAGCGCGGGAAGCCGGGCGGAAGUGGUAGCAGAGGUGGGCGGUCGACGAAGAACGUCGACGAAACGAGGUCGACGCGGGACAAGAGUCGACGAGGUGGUGGUCGACGGCGGGAGUGCUGGAUCUGCGGCGACCCCGACCAUCUCUCCUUCGAGUGCCCCGACCGCGAUGAGAGCGACGAGGACGACAACAAGGAAGGCCGAAGUCGAUCGACCAGUCGUCGCCCUCGUCGAGCUGAGAAGCCACGCAAGGAGAAGCAAGCGUCGAAGAAAACGUCCUCGACGAAGGACGUCGACAGCUCCAGCGGCAAGAGCCGAGGCGACGGGGAGGCGUCGUGCUCGAUGGUCGGCGUAGUGGAGCCGACGGUCUCGCUAGCACCGGAGGCUGGCGAGGACUUCCAGGCGGUGGCAGCAGCUGUGCAGGCCAACCCGAUGGCGGUGCUGCUCGACAGCGGGUGCUCCCACCACCUGAUGGGGACCAAAUCGGUCUUUGUUGACAUGGGGCCGAGCGAUGGGGUGAAGCAUGUGCGUGGGUUCAACGGGGCAUUGCAGCCUGUCGAGGGUCGCGGAACAGUCGCUCUGCAAGGGGAGGCCGAGAAGCGAGUCCUCAUCCCCGACGUACUCUACGUUCCAGGCGUACAGGCAAACCUGUUGUCUGCUGGCCAGCUGAAGGAGUGCGGCGUGCUACUGCAGGGCGAUGGCGAUGAGAUGCUGCUCGUCGACGCGACUGGAGAGGUGCUUGGUCGAGCACGCUACACCGGACGAGUUCUCUGCACCGACCUUCGCCCCUGCCCGACGCAGUUGCAGUCGACCGAGGUGGUGGCUCUGCGGACGAUCACCUCGGCGACGAAGACGACCCCCGAUAGGAUGCAUGCGCGGCUUGCCCACGUCAACGUCGACACGAUCAAGAGCUCGGCGAAGCAUAAUGUGGCUACUGGACUCGACAUCACGUUGUCAACCGGAGCAGACCCGCCAUGUGUCUCGUGCGUCGGAGGAAAGCUGGCGCGGCACACCUUCCCCGCCAAGGGCUCGGAUGCAGCGGAGGCGCUGGCUGUCGUGCACAUUGACUUGUGCGGGCCAUUUUGGGUGGCUGCCAAGGAUGGCAGCUUGUACUUCCUGCUGCUGAAGGAUCGCCAUACUCGAUUUGUAUGGGCGAUGCCGGUCGCUAAGAAGAGCGACGUGCUGCGGGAGUUCGAGAAGUGGCUGGUGCUUGUGGAACGACAGACGAAGAAGUCGGUUCUGUCGCUUCGCUCCGAUCGAGGGGGGGAAUUCCUCGGGAAGGCGUUCACCGACUUCGUCGACGGGAAGGGCAUCGUCCACGACCUGACCUAA